CCCGCUCCUCCUCAGACAGGACGCUACCCGGCAUCCGUAGCGCGCCAAGAUGGCGGCCUCCAUGCUCACCCGCUCCGUGUCAGCGGCCGGUCUGCCCGGUGCCCGGAGAAGCGGCCUCCGAUGUCUCAGCGUCAGCGCCGCCCGCAGUAAGAGGCAGGAGCAGCAGCCCCAGCAGAGGAAGGAGCCGCUGGAGAUCCCGGGCCUGGAGCGGAUCACCUACGCCGACCGCGGUUACCAUGUGCCAUGGCUGGCCCGGCCGCAGCUCCCGGAUUUCACCAUGAACUGGAACCCGCAGUAUUACCGCUCCCCGCCCGCCCAGGAGAUGGCGCUGUACAAGGAGCAGCCCUCCUACGUCUUCAACCCCAAGUGCCGCCUGCUGGGAGGUGUAAAGCAGGCGCUGUGGCUGACCAAGUCCAAGUUAAUUGAAGGAUUACCCGAGAGGAUAGCCAACCUGUGCUACGACCCGGCCUACACAUUCCCCAAUCACGAGGAACGGGUGCACAAUGCUAUUUCCAGCGCCUGCCUAUGGAGCACCACUGGUGAAAUACAAGAGAGGGAGGAGUACUGUCCGAAGCUGCUGCAAGGCCUCCUUCACUUGUGCCGAACACAGACCUGCGCUUAUCCUUCACUUUCCCAGAGGACGUUUAUGGAGAAUUGGAAAUUGGCAACUUCUUGGCAUAAAGACUCUACUAUUUACCAUGUGAGAGGGACUAAUGGUUUACUGAUGAGCGCCAAGACCCCGCUAGAAACCAUGGCUUUCUCCAGUGAAAUCCAAGCCACUGAGCAGCACGUCCUGGAUUCCCUCUAUCCGCUGUCUCCAGCUAUUGAUCUACAAGAACUCAAUGUGUAUGAGGAAAAAAAUGAUAUAGGUUUUAAGGAGGGGUUUCCGUAUUCUCACCCGCACACUGUAUACCUCACUGAACCGUGUGACAACAAAGCAAAAUGCCUUCCAGACCAGCUGAGGGCUAAAAUGAUUAUGAUCGCCUUUGGGGGUGCUGUAGCCAAAGCCAAGAUCCUCUUUGGGGAGGAUGUCAAGACUUUGCCUCAACCGAUUGUAGUACAGAGCGUGGGCACUGAUGGGCAGUUGUUCCAUUUCAUGGUGCUGCAGCUGAACACAUUGGAUUUCAGCACUAAUGAUGGCAUUAAGAACAUUGUCUGGAUGGAUGGAGACCAAGCACUGUACGACACGGUAGCAGUUAAACCAAAAAUUAGGAGUAAAGUGGUUUUGGUACCUGCUGGCAUCGCUGGUUUCAAGCCAGAAACCUUUAUGAAAUUUUGGGCAAUGUACCUGAAUGGAGCAGUCUAAGUUACUAG